GUGGUGAGGUUUGGAACCACUACCCGGUUGUACACUUAUCACCAUGGUUGAGACCCAUAGUGGGAAAGAUACUAGCCCCUACACCCCUGAGCAGCAAGAGAAGAUGGCCGCCUUAGUAAGAGAGAACAAGGAGAGAAAAGAGCUCCUAAAGCAGGCUAAGUUAAAGACGAUUGCAGAGGAGCAGGCGGCGAAGAUGAAGAGAUUGGAGGAGGAGAUGAAGAGAGUUCAUCAGGAGGAGGAAGAGAGGAGAAAGGUUGUCGAAGAAGAAGCAGCAGAAGAAGAAGAAAAAGAGAGGAUGCGUAUCGAAAGUAGAGAAGGGAGUAGUGGCACGAAGAACGACGAGGACGCAGAGAUGGAGAAAAAGAUCAGCGGGUGGAUUGCUAAUUUAUCGCUGGGGGAGGAUGAGGAGGCCGAGUUCUAUGUGCCUCAGGAUGAAAGGGAUGCGUUAGCCCAGGAGCUAGCAGCAAUGGAUGACCCCCUGGAAAGACAAGAAAGAGAGGAGGAGAAAAAGUUAGAGUGGAAGUUGAGAAUGAAGAGGGAGAAAAAGAGGGAUGAAGUCAACAGAUUGACCGCAGAGGUGGCAAAAAUGAAAGAUUGUAGGCAGGAGGUGGAGACUCAGGCGGACGACAAGGCCAAAUGGGAUAAGGUGUUGGGAUGCCUGGAAGUGUUGAGUGCAGUCUGGAUGGAGGAGCACCAGGCCAAUAGCAGCCAAGAGGUAGCACUGAGUGCCAUGCGGUCCGGGUUUAGAGAAUUCUCGCGCGAGUUGGUCACCCACGUUGGAGGAGAAGUGAGGAGAUUGAGAGACAACGUGGGUAAGUUCUGUGAGGGUGCCAUUGAGGGCGCCAAAGCCGUUGCUGAGGGCGAGGUCAUACCUCGCAAAGAACCGGUCAAACUCAAGUUCCCUGAUGCUUAUGGGGGGAAGUCAGACGAGAACUUCGAUAACUGGGAGGCUAGUGUAAACAACUACGUUUGCCUACAGCACAUCGUGCAGGACGAUCAAGUCCUGGAAGCCUUCCAGGCCCUCAAGGACGAAGCGGCUAGUUUCGCUAGGUCUCUCGCACGCGCGGCCGGUUGUGAAAACAACAUGGUCGCCUAUUCCAAGGUCACCCCCCUCCCUCAAUUCUUCAAGCUCCUUAGAGAGCGCUUCACUGACCUUCGCAGAGGCGUCAGAGCCUCUAACAAGCUCCAAUCGAUCCACUCACGGCAGUGGAGGCGUGCCAAGGCACUCAAGGGCGUUAUGGACGACUUGAUAGCCGUCCCAGACCAUGGGGUCAUUGAGCCCCAAUUGGUCCAAUUAUUUUAUCGUGCCAUGCCAGAGCCCCUGCGUGGGCACUUUUUGGAUAAGUCCCAACAGCCCACCAUGACGUACGAUGCUCUCAGUAGAGAGGUGGUGCUGUUUGAGGCCAAGUCCAUGCCAGUUUCCACUUUCUGGCAUAAGGACUUAGAAAAGGGCAAAAGGUGGAAGGGUCGUACCAUCUCUGGCCAAGUCAAGGCCAAGGAUCACAUGAUCCUUACCUUAGAGGAAGGUGGUACUGAUGAGGUCCCAUACAGUCAGAUUGAGUGGGGCCUAGAGGAAGAGGACAGUAGUAUGGGACAGGGGAGGUCUUAUGAUGCUGUCGCGGCUGUAGGGAGGCCGCAAGGUAGAGGAGGAGGCCAGGGCCAAAGGGGCCAAGCCAUGGGAGGCCGAGGACCGGGCGCACAGGGGGUUGGCGGACAGGGAAACCGCCAAGUGGGAGGUAGGGGUCAAGGUCCCCCGCCAAAUCGCCAGGGUUAUGAUCGAUCCCCACAGCGAAGAGGUGGAAGGGCACCUCAAGGAGGAUGGCACCCAGGCUUGCCACAGGGCAGGCCAUGGGAAGAUUUGGGCUUGGACCAGCGCAUAUGGCAGGAGCGCGUGGACCAGGGUCAGUGCAUAUUCUGUGGUGACCCGGCCCAUGUCUUGGAGAAGCUUAGAGAGGCUAACUUCAAGAUCAACGCGAAGAAGUGCGAGUGGGCCAAGACACAAGUCCUGUACUUGGGCCACGUAUUAGACGGAGAUGGCAUUAAGCCAGAGGACAGCAAGAUCGCGGCGAUUAGAGACUGGCCGACGCCCCGCACAUUGACAGAGUUGCGGUCGUUCCUAGGCUUAGCUAACUACUAUAGGAAGUUCGUGAGGAACUUCUCCACUAUCGUCGCUCCCCUGCGCAGGUUGCUUAAGAAAGAAGCAAUUUGGCAAUGGGACAAAGACUGUACGUCUGCGCUAAAGAAGUUAAAGCGCCCCUUGAUAGAGUACCCUGUCCUCAAAGUAGUCGAUCCUUCUUUGCCAUUUGUCGUCACCACGGACGCAAGUCAGUAUGGAAUAGGCGCCGUGUUGCAGCAAGACGACGGCAAUGGCUAUAGACCCGUAGAGUUCAUGUCAGCGAGGAUGCCCUCAGAGAAUGUUGCUACCUCCACGUACGAGAGAGAACUCUACGCUCUCAGGCAGGCUUUAAAGGAAUGGAGGCAUUACCUGCUUGGGAGGCACUUCAAAGUGUAUUCUGACCAUGAGACGCUUCGUUGGUUAAAGACUCAGGCCAAGAUGACACCUAAGCUAACUAGGUGGGAUGCUGAGAUACACCAAUAUGACUAUGAGCUUAAGCCAGUGAAGGUCAAGUACAACGUAGUUGCGAAUGCUCUAAAUAGGUGAUCAGACUACUUUGGAGCCAUAGUACACUAUCUGGAUAUAGGGAGAGACCUGCAGGAGAAAGUGAAGCAAGCGUAUGUGCAGGACCCUAUCUAUAGCGACCUCCUAAAGAGAGUUAGAGAGGCCCCGGAGACUGAGCCAGAUUACUGCACUACAGACGGGUUGCUGUUUGAGAAGACUAAUGUAUUUGACCGCCUGUGCGUUCCCAACAGCGAAGAGAUCCGCACUUUGAUCCUAGGGGAAUGCCACGAUACUGAGGGGCAUUUCGGUUGGCAAAAGACACUAGCUAAUCUAAUGUGCGCGUACAGUUGGCCAGGAAUGAAGAACGACUGCAUAGAAUACGUCCGCAGUUGUAAAGUAUGCCAGCGUAACAAGAGCACUACGCGCGCCCCUCUAGGUCUUCUCAAACCCUUGCCUAUUCCGGAUCAGUCGGUAGACUCAGUGUCCAUAGACUUCAUGGACACCCAAGUCAAGAGCAGACAUAGUAAAAAGCCAAGUCAUGG